CGCCGCUCCCGUCGCGCUGUCCUUCACCGGAGCCGUGAAGGGGCCGCGUUCGGUGCCCAAAACGAGGAGAAGUGGCGGUGUCCAGAAAAGCGGCGCGCCAGCUCCUCCUGCCCUGCGCUCCAGCUCCUCUCCCACGGAAAACGAAGGGAAACCCGACACAUUAAAGCAGCCGGACUUCGUUUCUGAGCAGUGCUCGGGGAGGAGGCAGUUGCCGCUCGAACGUGCGCCCAGGUUUUCUUGGCAGGUCGAAAAAGUGUUUUUCUCACAAGCCCUCGAGAAGCUGUUUUGUAGGAGUGCACCGAUAGAGAUUUUGGGGGGUGAUACCCAUAGCCGAUUUUUAAGGAGGCAUAUCAUCUGAUACUGAUCCGAUUUCUGAUACACAGCCCAGCAGCUUGAAGAGUUGUGUGCAGCUGAUUAACUGCUGAAGUACUGAUCGAGUUCUGCUCUUCUUCAAUGAGGAACUACAGGCUGAUCUUCUGCCAUAAUCUUAAACAACCAUAAAUGACAAAAAAAUGCUUGGUCAGUGAGGGCAGCUGGCGCAGAAAACCUUUUUUAAACGUGGGUGUUUAAGUCCUCUGAGAAGAGACAGCUUUGAUUUUUGGCUGCAAAAAGAUAUGAGGAAGAGUUCCUCCCCUUCCUUGAGUAACUGCAACUCUGUUCUUGCUAACAAAAUAUUUGGAAUUCCACUUGAUGAGCUGCAGCAGGAAGGGCAACCAGACAAUGAGGUUCCGUUCAUAGUCCGCCACGUGGUGGACUAUAUUGAGGAACAUGGAGGUCUGGAACAAGAAGGACUUUUUCAAGUCAAUGGGAAUGCUGAAACAGUGGAGUGGCUUCGGCAAAGAUACGAUAAUGGAGAAGAUGUGGACCUGGUUAAAGAAGCAGAUGUACCCUCAGCUAUUAGCCUUCUUAGAUUUUUUCUUCAAGAACUUCCAGAACCGGUUAUCCCAGGCAGUUUGCAUAUACACUUGAUGCAACUUUCUCAAGAUUAUAAUAAUGAAGAUGAAUUUGGAAGAAAGUUGCGGUUCCUCUUGCAGCAGCUUCCGCCUGUUAAUUACAGUUUGUUAAAGUUUCUGUGUAGAUUUUUAGCCAAUGUAGCAUCGCAUCAUGAAGAAAUUUGGUCUGCAAGUUCGUUGGCUGCAGUCUUUGGCCCAGAUGUCUUCCACAUUUACACAGAUGUGGAGGAUCUGAAAGAACAAGAAAUAGUUAGCAGAAUAAUGGCGGGACUUCUGGAGAACUACUAUGAAUUCUUUGAGAAUGAGGAGGAAGAAUUUUCAUCUACUAAUGAUUUAAGUUCAAUAACUGAGCAGAUAAAUGAUCUUUUGGAGGAAGAGGAGGAAGAUGAUAAGCUUGAGCAGUCUGAAGAACUUCCAGAAGACAGCAUGGAGAAACCUGAUGAAGGGCCAGAUAUGGUACAUCUAGGCACAGUGGAGAGUUUCUCAGAAUCCAGCAGUGUUACAGCAUCAACAAGUAUUUUGGAAAGAACAAUUAGAGCAGCUGUGGAACAGCACCUUUUUGAUCUGCAGAGCAGCAUAGAUCAUGAUCUCAAAAACUUACAGCAACACCAACUGGUCUGUAACAAUGAAGCAAAAAGUGUUAACAGAGAAGAAGGAUCUAACAACCAGGAUGAUGUUACUAAAGGUAAUGAUGAUAAUAGCUGUGAGAACACGAGAGACUGUUCUGAAGCACUGGUUUGUGCUGAUUUAGACAGUGAAGUUAUACAGCCUGACUCUGUUACAGAGGAAGAUGAUGAUCAGACUGCAGGUGUAUUGUUGAAGCCAUGUAAUGAAGAUGAAGAGACAGAUGAAGAAAAUAAUAGUGAAAGGCAAGGCUGUAUAUUGCUUGAUGACAAUGAUAAAAUGUCUUCACAGUUGCUUAUGGAUUCUAGUAGCAAGAUUUGUGAUCUGAAUGCAAACACUGACUCAGAGGUGUCAGGAGAUGGAAAUAUUAAUGUUUUUGAGGAAGCAGUGGGUAUCCAAGCACCACAUCUAGAUCUGAAGAACAUAUCUGAUGGUGACAAAUGGGAAGCGCCAUGCCCUAUCACUUUCCCCCUCAUUGAUUUCAAAACAAUGCAUCUGCAGAGAGAAGGGGAGGAGCCGUUUCCUGCUUUUAAAUCUUGGCAGGAAGACAGUGAAUCCGGAGAAGCUCAGCUUUCCCCACAAGCUGGAAGAAUGAAUAAUCAUCCUUUGGAAGAGGACUGUCAUCCAGUGUUGUCACAUCGAAGUUUGGAUUUUGGACAAAGUCAGCGUUUCUUACACGAUCCAGAAAUGUUGGACUCUUCAUCUAAAGCACUUUCUUUUGCCAGAACCCGAAGAGGAUCUUUUAGUUCAAAAGAUGACAAAAGGGAAGACAGGACGCCGUAUCAGCUGGUCAAGAAGUUGCAGAAAAAAAUAAGACAAUUUGAGGAACAAUUUGAAAAAGAAAAAAACAGCAAACCCUCUUACAGUGAUAUUGCAGCCAAUCCAAAGGUUUUAAAGUGGAUGACGGAGCUUACCAAAUUGAGAAAGCAAAUAAAAGAUGCAAAGCACAAGAGCUCAGAUGGAGAAUUCAUACCUCAAACACGUCCACGAAGUAAUACUCUUCCAAAAAGCUUUGGCUCUUCUCUAGACCACGAAGAUGAAGAAAAUGAAGAUGAGCCACGAGUUAUGCAGAAAGAGAAGAAGCCUACCAAGGAGGCUACACUUGAAAUCAUUUUGAAAAGACUGAAGGAGAAACGAGUUGAAAGAUGCUUGCCAGAAGACAUAAAAAAAAUGACAAAAGACCACUUGGUAGAAGAGAAGACAUCACUCCAAAAAAGCCUCCUCUACUAUGAAAGUCAACAUGGCCGGCCGGUUACCAGAGAAGAAAGGCACAUUGUUAAGCCUCUUUAUGACAGAUACAGACUUGUGAAACAAAUGUUGACUAGAGCAAGCAUUACUCCCAUCCUUGGGUCACCAUCAACCAAGAGGCGGGGGCAGAUGUUACAGCCUAUUAUUGAAGGGGAAACUGCCCACUUCUUUGAAGAAAUAAAGGAAGAAGAGGAAGAAGGUGAUUGUUUGUCAUCAGAUUUAAAUGAGAUCUUAAAAACUGCUGUCCAGACACAGUCUGUCUCAAGCCCAGUUGAAAAUUCAGAAUCGGAUGUUGAAGAAGGUCAAGAAAAAUUAACACGGGACCUCAGGCUAUCGAGUACCCGAGCAGCUUCUAUGCCUGAAUUACUGGAACAACUCUGGAAAGCCAGAGCUGAAAAAAAGAAGUUACGCAAAACUUUACGGGAAUUUGAAGAGGGAUUUUAUCAACAGAAUGGAAGAAACGUACAAAAAGAAGAUCGGGUUCCAAUGCUUGAUGAAUACAGGGAGUACAAGAAAAUCAAGGCCAAGCUUAGGCUUUUAGAAGUCCUUAUCAGCAAGCAAGAUUCUUCAAAAUCAAUAUAGAUUAUGUUCCUUCAAAGCAUUGAAUUAACAUGUUUCCUUCUGAUACCAUAAUAUUUAUUGGGUACUUGUGUUCAUUUUGUCAUGUACUGUUGAAAGAACCCAGUUUGUGCACUUUUGCUGUGGUGCCACUAUAAAAUGUUUGAAGGGUAAGUGGGUGCUUGUAGAGGGCAAAUAAAAAGUUCUAAAUGUAAGAGACUGCUCUAUCCAACUUUAGCAAACACAAUUUCCAUCAGCGUUUUAUUACAGAUGCAGCUUGUUCCAAAAAGACUUACAGAAUUUUGUUCUUUAAGCAUUCAAGAACUUUCGAGACUUUUUUGUUACUACCAAUCUCUUUUGAAUUAUUGAAGAAGUUAAGAUGUCUCUAUCUUAAUACUACGACUUCUGUUGCCUUUUUUUAUUACGGGAAAACUAAACACACAACUCUUCCUGGAACACCAAAACUGAACAGAAUUCCUUUCAAAGGACUGCUGUGGAACGACUCCUUUUGAUUUCUGAAGUUCUAAAUUACAUCCGCACUCAGUAAUAAUAUGUAUUAGGAUCCAUGGAUUUUGCUACUUAGUGGUCACCUCUCCUUGACAAAGAUGACAAUGGACAAACCAGAAAGUGACCUUGCUUUAGUGUCUUUUUCGAAUUUGGGGAAACAACAGUUAUAUCACACGCUGCCUACAGGACUUACGUUACUGUUCCUUUUAUCGGUUGUUGUCAAUUAGUGGUGACGCAGUGUUUUGUCAGAAUUGGAUACUGCAUCUCCCCUUCAGAGGAUUUGAGAAACCUAAUAAACUUUUCAGUCUGUGGGAAAUCAGAUGGUGCUCAGACUUGUACAGCUCCAGCAGGUUAGGCCUGGCCGAUGUCGGUUAAUAAUUGCGCUGUAUCUGAUACAAGUGCGUAUAUCAAGGGCUAAAGUCACUGUAGCCAUUGUACACCAUAUUAUGGUGGACGGGGUCAGCCUUGGAACGGGAAUUGCAGCUGUGUCACAGUUCUGUCACACAGCUGGGGAACAAGUAGAAGUGGUUUUACCCUUGUGAUGGAAGCGAUUUAGUUUAAGGGCCUUGCAUGAUUCAGCUUUGGAAUUGAAACUAAAACAGUGUUUUGAUCACAUAUGCUGGUUUAGCUGGCUUGCGCUAUACAAUACAACAGCCAUCAACAACUGUCUUUUCGAUCUGGCAAAAAUCUAAGUGUUAAUUUUUAACUGGUGCUUUUUGGAUUUUUCAGUGUAUCAAUUUGCUUGUGGCCAUGUUUUGCAUGCAAAUACUCUCACUGCAUGUUUUUAUGACUGGCUAAUGUCAACACGGAUAUUAUUCACUCCACUUAACGGAAGACCAAAACUGAACUUUCUCACAAAGUGGCUGGCAUGUAAACCUCAGACUUCCUGUUCUGUUAUGUAAGCAUAUGGAAUAGGUUAAAGUAGGAUUUUUAGUGCUCCAGAUUUCAUCUCUGUGCUGUAAAAGACUUUUUUUUUCUUUCUUUCUUUUUCUUUCUUCCUCUUUUUUUAACUCUGCUUAUAAGCAAGUAAUCGUUGGAUUUCAGAGGAAAGCACUAAAUCUUUUGAGCACUGGCAGUUUGCUGCCUUAUACAGCAGAAGGACUUUUAGUGGACCCUAGAGAAUUGUGAGGUUAAGCUAAUCUUGAGACCAUUAAUCAGUUUUAUUCAGCUCCAUUGUGCAAUGUACACUUCAGUUACUUUACUUUUCUAUCAGUCUUCAAACACGAGUGUAUCCAAACAUCGAAACUAAUGUGUACUGUAUAGUGUUGUACAUGAAUGUUUGUGUUUUAUAUACCACAUGCAAAAUGUCAAUAUGCACUAUUUAAAUGUUUUAAAUAAUAUAUUCCUCCUUUAUAAUGCUUAAAUCUAUAUGAUUCCAAUAUUUUUAUAAGUGAGUGAGUGAUCCGACUGGUUCCAAUUCAGAAUUAACAGCUGCUUUGUGUUUGUAAUGCAGUGUUUGGCUGUUUAUUCAGUGUAGUAGAGAAGCAUGGCAGCAGUUAUGCUACAAGUGUGUUUUGUGCCAUCCUUGUUGAGCAAUAAAUAAAUGGUAGAGCUAGGCAUUUUGUGAUAUAACAGUUUUACUUUGGUACAAGUAAAAACUAUAUCUAUAUGGUUAUAUAGAUAUAUAAAUAUAUAUAACUAAACCAGAUAGAACUGCAUUGCUAUGUCUGGCAUUCAUUGUAUAGACUUUUAUAAUAAAAGUACCUUAACCUUUAUUGGCAUACUUUGGUAUAGGAGUUUCCUUUCAUGCUUUUUUUUUUUUUUUUUUUUUUUUUUUUUUUUAAGAACAAUGUCCUAUUAAAAAAAAGUUGGGGUGGGGGGUAAUGUCUCGUUUACUACUUAGCCUAAUCCUAAAUGUUAGACUACUCUGGGUUAAAAGGAAAAAUGUUUUUUAAAAAAAAUCCUAAGAAGAACAUCACCUGCUUUUGAGAUCAGAAAUAACAUUCACUUGCACUACAACUGACCUCUCUUUUCACGGCCAGCGAACGCAGCCACUUUUGGAAGCACAAGAAUGGUUGUUUUGUUUUUUUCCUCUGAAAAUCUGUCUUUAAAUAGCAUCUGUUGGUGUAUGGGUUCACUAAAGGUGAUCUUUGCCUGGUCUUGUAAGGCGGCUGUUCUGUUGUAUUUUGUUGUAUGGGGAUAUUGAUCUCCUCUGGAUUCUGAGUACCACAUUUGCUCCUCUUUCUGUAACCGAACAAAUCCAGUUAUGCAUCCUGAGGCUUAAUAAAAUAGAUCCACUACU